AUGACUUCUCGAAGCAGAAAACGACUAGAUGGUAGAGAAAAUGAAAUUCGGAUAGCAAAAUUGUUGCAAAGCAGUUUGCUGACAUUGGAGGAAGAAAACCGUGCCCUAAGGCUUACCAUUACCAAAAGAAAAGAGGAAAUUGCGAAGGAAUUGAGGUUCAAAUCGGAUCCAAAUAUUUUUUCCAAAAAUGCAGGUAAAGGAGAGGAUGCAAUACUUGAAGCGACCAAACAUUUCUAUGAUCACGCAAAAGAUGAACUUAUGAAGAUCGAAGAAAUCUGCCAGGAAUACCAUCUAAAAAUAAUGACCGACGUUUCAGCUGAGGGGAAGGAACGUCUUCAGCUCCCGUCUCGUGUGCCCUUUGCGAAAAUCAUAAAAAUCUUAGAGAAACAAAAUUUCCACAUCACUGAUUCGUUCAACGAGGAAGGGAAUGAAUCUUGCAAGUGUCUUUGGAAAAAUACAGCUCUUCCAAAUUUGGAGCCCACUCGAAAUGUCAUUUCUAGACCAAAAGAAACAGGAUUCUCGAAAUUCGACGAUUCUGACCUUAAAUUCAAGCAAGAACUUACGUUACUUCGAAUGAAGACCUUCUCGAGGAUGAAAUCCAUCGAAAAGCCAAUUUUUGAAGCAGAGUCUUUCAAGGAACCACUCGAAGGUCGUAGGUCGACCAUCGGUUUAUCUUCGAACAGGGAUUUUAUUGAGAAAGUCAUGAAAAUGGAUUCUUUUGUCACUCCUUCCGUUGAGGAGGCAAAAAAAAUUGGUUAUUUGAAAUUCGUCGAUGCUUCAUUUAAAGAUUGCCCAAUCUGGACGAAACUGUUGGAUGCUCAUGGUAGGCAAUUGCGUUCCAAGUGGUGUUUGGUGUUGCGUCCACAAAUCGAAAAGUUGCUGAGGAAUCGUAGGGUUCCCAGUAUCCGCUUAAACUCAACGUCAACCUUCAAGUUCCUUUCAAAAAUCCCAGAGAACGGGGUGAAUUUUACCUUAUCGAAGAGGGAUUUGCUGCAGCUGUUGGCCGUUCAAAAUGAAGCAAAGUGGUUGAAUAGUUGGGUACCACAAAUGCAUGAGAUGGAUGGAAAAGACGUAGCCGCCAUGAUUAUACAAAAAACCUGGCGUGGUCAUCAAGUAAUUGCCAUACAAAUUCGACUGCUUUCCCGCAAAAGGUUGAAGGAGUCAGAAUGCAAAUAUAUAGCAGCAAGUGUCUUGUGGUGUUCGUGGAUCGUUGUGAAGAAGAAGCGUCAGAUGCAUGAGCGAUAUCUGCGAAGAAUGCUGACAUCUCUAACAGAAACGAAAGAACUGAUGAAGGAGUUGAUCCGGGAUUUUGAUAAAUUAAUUCAGGGGCCUCACGUGGUAGUCCAUCUGCCAUCACUGGGUUAUCGUCUUGACGCCAGGAGAAACUUGCCAGCUAAGGUGUUCAGAAUUCAGCAGAAUUUUAUGAGCCUGAAGAUAUCCUUCCUGAGGAAUCCCAACGCCGAGGUCAUCUACAUUCUACCAGUGAAAGCGACGCAGAACCUUCUGGCCAUGUACUACGACAUCUUAGAGUCUGUUCAACCUGGAGGAAACUAUCGAGAACGAAUUACGUUUCUGAGUUUAUCAGAGGCAAAGACCUUUGAGAACCGAUCUCUGAACGUCUCCAGGAUUCUCCAUUGUUCCAAGGAUACCAUGGAAGCUAUCUUGCAGAAAGUCUCUGAUAAACCCGCGUACAUCCUGCCCUGGAUAAUGGACGAGUGCGAUGUCAGGGUGUCUGGGAACCUGAAGAUCCCCUAUUUAUGUCCAGAAAUGGCGCUCCAGCAGGAUCUCCUGAACAAGUCCUUCGUGUCGGACUUCAUAAAAAAGUUAGGCCUCAGUCAGCCUGUCUGCGUUUCCAACAUCAAGGACUACAACAGUCUUUGCUCGAACCUGGCUGAACUGAUCUGCUCCAACUGCGAGAUCUGCAUGUGGCUGAUCAAGCUCAACCUGGCUGCUUCUAAGCAGAACUCUGCCAUCUUUCUUAUAAAUCACAUAACGGUCCCUUUCAUGCCAGAAUUGAGGAAGCAGGCUGAAUUUUACGGAGACAGGUGGAAGGCUGAACCUGAAUUGAGGUCGGAGUUCCAGAGGAUGUUGGCAGGACACUUGCCUAGAGUCGUUUCGAUGGCUGCCAGGAUCCCAUCGUUAUUUAGGUCUUGGAAGGAGUUCUACAGUCACAUGGUCAAGGUUGGGUGUCUGAUACAAGCUGUACUCAGCAAGAAAGUCCACACUUCGGUGAUCGUUAACCUUUUUAUCCCUGGACUUAGUUCUGGGAGGAAACCAGAGUGGACGGGCACUGCUGACCAGAUACGUUUAGAGGACGCUCACUUCUCAACAUUUGGCUUCAUGUUCCCGAUGAGCUCGAUGAACGUCGCAGAGUUGAAGCCAUCAGUCGAUGAGAUUUCAAGGGCUCUUCAAGAGAAGGGCUAUUUCGGCUAUCUGGCCAUAGACUUGUAUUGUUAUCCCACGAAGAACCAGGAGAAAAUGAAGGUCUUAGUGGUGGACAUGGACCCAUAUUACAGCUACUCCCAGAAUUUCAUCGACUGGGUGAUCUUCGCCAUCAAAGGAAGUUAUGAUGUCGAUGCCAACACCUUCGAGGCGGGCAUUGAUGUCACCCAUGAAUCUCGCAGGAGACAAUCCUCUGUCAUGAUGUCGGACGUGAAGCUUCCAACUUGGGACGACACUUCCGAACGUUGUGCAGUCGGGAUCGAGCAAUUGUUCCAUGGGGCCCUGAGUUCUUACAAAUGGCCGAGGUUGAAGCUGAUCGCAGAGAGUUCCGGAAUCAAGUUCGACCCAGUAAAACUGCAAGGGGCCCAUUUCUUGCUGCACGAUGGAGAACACAGGUUAACCGGGACCAUGGUCUGCAUCAGCCCGGCCAUGAAGACGACUCUUUCGAUGACUGAAAAGAUCCUGCGAAAAUUCUCCCGAGCCCUCAGCUCCACGUCGAAGAAGACGGAGACCAACAUGCUGAAGGCUGCUUCACUCUUCUCUCAACUGGCUUUAGACUAUCGCAACGCAAACGUCGACAAAUGUUUCGUCGAGUUUAGGCACUUCUAA